UUGGAUUGGGAAAGAAGUGGAAACAAACAAAAACGCGUACAGAAAAGCUGAGCUACGUGCCAGCUUGAAACUUCUCCUGAGUUCGGGCGCACAAAAUUAGUCAAUCUCGGACCCUAUAACUUGUGCUCCGCAAUCGCAGCCAGCCAAUAGAUUCUUGAGUUCCAUAUAAUUAGUUUCUACAUUUGUGGAAGCACUAGCUUGCACAAAGGAAUCUAUAUAACUAUCUAUCUGGGAUUCUAAAGGUAGAGAGAAAGAAGCAGAAAAAGAAGAAAGAUGCUGGAAGGGAAAGCUACGAUAAGGGAAGCAGACAUGCCAGAAAAGAUGCAGAUGCAAGCCAUGGCUUGUGCUUCUCAAGCCCUUGAUCUGCAUGACGUUUUUGAUUGCAAAUCCAUAGCCGCCCACAUCAAGAAGGAAUUUGACAAGAUGUAUGGGAGUGGGUGGCAGUGUGUGGUGGGCUCUAACUUCGGUUGUUUCUUCACUCAUUCACCUGGAACUUUCAUAUAUUUUGCUCUGGAGACCCUCAAUUUCCUUGUCUUCAAGGCUGCCUCUUCUUGAAUUAUUUCCACCACUUUCACUCUAGAGAGAGAGAGAGAGAGAGAGAGAGAGGAGUUUUUGUAUAAAAUGGUAGUGAAGUAGUUGAGGAGUGCCUCUUUGUAAUUCCCAUCUCCUUUUUUUCUUUGUUAAUAGUUUGUUUUUUUAAUCUGUGGUUGUAUGAGUAUAUGCUUACAAAUACCGACCCAAGUUACAUAAUGCACUAUUGAGAGUUGAAUUAUA